AUGCGUCUUGAUAUUGCACUCAUCUUCGCUGGCAUCGCCGUUUCUUCUGCUUCUGCCUCACUCUCCGAUAGGCAGCUGCCGCAGCUCCCUUUCCCGGCAUGCGGGACGGAUUGUUACAUAGAUUCCGUCGCGGGACUCGACUGCGGUCCAAGUCUUGACUUGUGUAUAUGCGAUUACAACGGAGCAUUGGAUACUUUCACUUCUUGCGUCAGAGAUGCAUGCCCCCCAAAUUUGGCUCUAGAAUGCUUGGAAAUUGUAGACCAAGCGUGCAAAGAGGCUAUCGACUUUUCGCUCCCUGCAGAAUGA